GUUGUCCUCUGAUGCCGUAGGUCAACGGGAUUUGCGCUCCAAAUAAGCCGAACCAUGCCGUGUUUAUGCCGUGUGUACGUUUAGGGUUCCACGUAGGUUUUAAGUAAUUUUUUGCACAAUUUAAGAUGUCUGGAGUGACUCGGAGCGCGCUCUUGUUCUCUCUUGUUCGCCGUGUAAGGAGACCGCCGCGGGUUUCAUGCCUAGAGACUCUGAAUCAUAGUAAAACUGCGCAGUUUACUUCAGCACGAGGUCUGAGUGUUCAUUCAUUGACAACAAGGUAUUUAGCAGACUGUGAAGCCAAGCAUCAAUGGAUGUUACUUCAACGAAGUCUGUGCUCUGAGGCACCAUCUAAAGAUGAUGAGUACCCACCUCUACCAGAAUACACCCCUGUUUCUAAAGAGAACCAAGCAAAGGAGUCGUACAUCGUCCAGGCCAAGGGUCUGCCCUGGUCAUGUACAGCUGAAGACAUAAUGAGCUUCUUUUCUGAAUGUAGGAUCCGAGGAGGAGUUAACGGAGUCCAUAUUCUUUACAACAAGUAUGGCAAGCCAUCAGGACAGGCGUUUAUCGAGCUGGAGCACGAGGAGGAUGUUGGCAAAGCACUGGAUCAACACCGCCAUUACCUGAGAGAUCGCUUUAUUGAAGUCCGUGAAGUAACAAACAAAGACGCUGAAGCCAUAUUAAAAGCUUCAAAGGAGCGUGUAGAGACGGAUGCAGUGGUGCGACUACGAGGGCUUCCCUACAGCUGCACGGAGGGAGACAUCAUUAGAUUUUUCUCAGGGUUGGAUGUUGUGGAGGACGGUGUUACUAUAAUCCUCACCCGCAGAGGGAGAAGCUCAGGUGAAGCGUUCGUGGAGUUCGCUACAAAGACAAUGGCUGAAAAGGCCCUGAAGAAAGACAGAGAAGUCUUGGGAAAUAGGUAUAUUGAGAUAUUCCCAGCCAUGAAAAGUGCCGUUCCACCCCAAAAUGGAAGAUGGCAAAAUGACAGAGUUUUCACACCAAGAGCUGAGGACGUUCAACUCAGAAGUACAGCAGUUACAAAGAACUUCAUUCACAUGAGAGGUCUACCGUUUGAUGCGAAAGCAGAGGACAUUGUAAAGUUUUUCGCUCCUGUCCGACUUUUGAAGAUCGUUGUAGAGUUUGGUCCUGAAGGAAAACCCACCGGUGAAGCAGAAGCUUAUUUCAAAACACAUGAAGACGCUGUUUUAGCCAUGUCCAAAGACAGAGAGUUCAUAAUGGAGCGAUAUAUUGAGUUGUAUCUUAAUUCAUGCCCAUCCAGCGAAGAACGAUAGGAUGAAGGGACACCAUAUUUAAUGCAUUGCAUCCAAUCUGCUAGAAAUGAAUCCAGUGUAUCAUGUACAUUACAAGAACCAACAUUAAAAGAGAACUCUACAAA